AUGCAAGAUGAUCAACUGAAUCUCAUACUAAUAGAUCAAUUGGAAGACCAAAUUAUAGACCAUCCAGAUGCUUCUACUGCUAAACAAUUUCAUGAUUCUUUAGAUGAAACAUUUCAAAAGAAAUUGAAUGCCAAAGCACAACAAAUUCAACAACAACUGCAACAAUCUCCAUAUCAUGAGUCACAUCAUCAUUCCCAUCACCAUCACCAUCACCAUAAUCACAACAACCACUCUAAAGAAUCAGAUGAUGUUGAUGGCUUGCUGCUGGAGCUGUUACUACUGGAUCAAGGAUUAUCCAAAGAUGCAGGUGAAGAUGAAGUUGUGGUUGAUGGUGGAGAUCAGGAUUCUAGAACAACUAAUAACAACAAUAAUAAUCAAGUUAAUUAUAAUUUCUUAAUAACGAAGUCUCAUUUACAAUAUACUUAUCAAGAAUAUGAUUCAUUGGAUCAAGAAAUAAGUAAUUGGUUUAGUUUCAAUGAUUUGAAAACCAUUGGUGGAUUAACUAAUCUUGUCCAAUUAUAUGAAAUAGCUUCAAAAGAUGGUGAAUCAAAUAUAUCCAACUGGGUUGAUAUAAUUAAUGAUUGUAAUUCAAUAUCAGAAGGAACAAUCUCAACUCAAUUGAAAUUGAUUUUAUAUUAUAGUUUUGGUGAAUAUGCUAACAAGACUAAUAAACAAGAACAAUUGCAACAAAUUAAACUGAAUAAUUUGAAAUUGUUGGAACUUAAGUUAUUCAAACCAUUGAUCGAAUUAACUAAAGAAUUCAUAUCCAGAAUAAUAUCACUUGAUACAAGAACAAAUAAUCAAGUCACAAGACAUAAAUUAGUAAAUAAUAAAACAGAAGCCGAUUAUUUCAGAAUGCUUACCUUAUUGUAUUUCCUAGUCAAUGUGUCAUUAGAAUACCCUAAAGAAAGUUCUAAUUUCAGACAUUAUUUGGCUGAAUCAGAUUUCCUAACUAUAAUUUUCACAUUUAUUGAACAUUGGAAAUGGCAUCCUAAUAAUUCAUAUAGAAUUCGUUAUUUAAUUCUAUUAGUUGAUAAACUAUUAUUAUUUGAAUUAGGUGGUGCAAAGCAAUUAAAAGAAUGUGAUGAUUUCUUGGUUAAAUUACAUGAUAUUAAAAAUAAACAAAGUGAUAAUGAUGAUAAUGAAACUGAUGAAAAUGUGAAACCCAAAUUGACAUGUUCUCCUUUAGAUUAUUUUGCAUUUAGAGAAGAUUUAUUGGAUAAAUAUCCAUUAUAUAAUGAUAUACAAUUAAAAGCAUUUGAUUUCCAGGAAUUUUCAAAAGCAUUAAAAGAAGAAGAUGAACAAUUAGAUACCAAUACCAACAACAAUAAUCAAUCAAUUGAAGAUAGAUAUAAGUAUUUCAUGGCAAUUAAUAGUUUUUCAAAUUCACUUUCAAAUCUAAUGGAAAUCCCCAAAACAACUAAAUCUCAUACUAUUUUAAGUCAAUUACCAACAAAUCCUAUACAUAUUGCAACCCCGGUUCCAUCACCUACAUUAGUUGCAUCAGAUUAUAUGUCAGGUGGAGAAAAAAUUAGAAGAUCAUAUCAAGUAAAUCAAGCCAUGCCAUUUAUUUAUCCAACUGCAAAUGGAAAUACUGUAACUGUACCUUAUGCUACUAAAGAAGCAGAUGAAAUUUUAAAGAAAUCAAUAUAUGAAAGUUAUUCUAUUAAACGACUUUGGAAUGAACGACAAAAGUUUAUGAAACAAGAAAGAGGAUAUAUUAAUGAGUAUGAACAAGAAGAACAAGGUAAUCAGUCCAAAGAAGAUGAAUUUGAGUAUGAUUAUGAGAAAUUGAAGGAUAAGCAUCCGGCUAAUCAACGAGAAAUUGAAUCUAUGCAGAGAGUUGAGACAUUAUAUAGUGGGAAUGUAUGUCGACUUCAUACAAUUGCUGAAGUAUUAUUGGAAACGAUUAAAGUAAAUCGAUUGGAUUAUAAUUUAAAUUUUGCUGAAUUGGAAUUAAAUCCAGAAACUUCAUUUUUGAAUUCGAAUAGAUCCAAAAAUAUAAAUAACUUUGAAGAAACUAAACAAAAAAUUGAAUUUGUAAUGAGUCUGCAAUUGGAAGUUAUUAAAAUUAAAGAAAUUACCCUAAAGGCAACCACAAGUAUUUUAGUUCUUUUAUUGAAAUGGUUUAAGAUUAGUCAUAUUUUAAAAUCAUAUUAUUUUUCAUCAAUUUUAUUUGAUCAACAAUUUUUCACUAUUGUUAUUGAUUAUUUAAGUCGAGCAUUUUAUAAUCCAAAUUUACAAAGUCUUAUCCUGAAUGAAAAUCUUGAUUGUAAUGAUGAUGCUAGCAAUGGAAUUAAGAAUGAUUUAACUGAAUAUGAAAUCUUAAUUAAUCAAAAUAAAUUAAUGAAUCCACAAAUCCAUAUCCCCAAUUAUGAUUUUUUUAAUAAUUGCUUACAACAAUUCCCCAAGAAUUAUAAAUUCAAACUUAUAAAUAAACAAUUAACAUUUGAUUUACCAGAAAAACCAGAUAUAAACAACAUAAAUCAUAUUUAUAUCACCGAUUUCAAUCAAGAUUUUGCAUUCAUAUUAUCAAAUCUCCUAACCAUAAUCAAUAAAAUCCUCAUCAAAAACCAAACCCAAAGAAUUUUCACCCUAAAUGACCUCAAAAUAUCCGAAUUAUAUAAAAUGAUAAUCAUAAAUUAUGAUGCUCCCCAAAUUACAAAACCAAUUCUUAAAACACUUAAAAAAUUAAUUCCAUAUCAAGGUCGAAAAUGGAAAUCUUUAAAUAUGGAUCUAAUUUCUCAAAUUUAUUUAAAUUUAAAAUUGGGAAUUAAAGAUAAUUGGUUAAGUGGGAAAGAUUUAGAAAGUGAUUUUAAUAAUUCUUAUGAUCAAGAAAUUGCCUUGAGAGGAUUAUUACAGUUUUAUAAUUUAAGAAAAUAUCCUAAACAAAUGGAAGAUGUUGGAUAUAGGAUAAAUAAGGAUUUGGAUAUUCCAAUUUUGAAUUUGAAUGUGGAUGAAGAUGGUGAAUAUAUAUAG